AUGUUGGAAGGGAAGAAACAACUUGAACAAGAAUAUCAAGAAACUAAAAAAGAAGUUACUAAAACUUUGGAAUCAAGUACAAAAGAUUUAGAGACUUAUAAUGCUCUGCUAAAUUCUAGAAUCGAAAAACCUUCUUUGGAAUUGUCAACAAUAGUAAACUGUGAAGACGAUAUAUCAACAUCAUCAAUAAUAUUUUAUGAUGACACAAAAGAAUUGGAAUUAUUCCAAUCAGAAAUUGAAAAAAGCAAAAAAGAUUUUAUGACAUUGAUAAAUUUCAAAGAAAAAAUAGAAUUAUUACUGGAAGAAAAAGAAAAAGAAUAUUUGGAAAGACUGAGGGAAUGUGAAGCGGUGACUGAAGGACAAUCUGGCAUGAUUAAUUCAAUGGAAGGUUUAUUAAAAGAAUUGGAGGGUAAAAUGUCUCGUAGACAAUCAUAUACAAACCCAAUAUCAUUAUUCACUGAUGAGGAACGUGUCAGACAUCAAUCUCGUUUUGGGUUAGCAAAAAGAUGGGUUGAAGAUGAUGAAGUAUCAAUGUGUCAACAAGCAGGUUGUAGUGUGAACUUCAAUUUAUGGAAUAGAAGACAUCAUUGUAGAAGAUGUGGAAAUAUUUUUUGUAAUGCACAUACUAGAUACUCUAUGUUAUUAUUUCCUGAUGGUAGUGAAGAUUGGGGAGGUGUAUGGUCAAAAGUUUGUGAAGGAUGUUUUAAAAAUAGUAAAUAA